AUGUCAUCGUGGAUCUUCGUUAGCGAAGAUAACAUACGUAGCAGAAAUCAAAAAGGAGUCUCGCUAUGGGCUCGUGUGCACAAUCUGUAUCACGAACACCAAGCAGAAAAGCCGGAUGAGCUGAACGAAAGAAAUAUUGAAUCAAUGAAAGGUCGGUGGAAACGGCUUAAUGAAAAUGCAAACAAGUGGAUGGCUGCUUACAAGGAAGCGUGUGUUCGGAAAAGGAGUGGAAUGACCGACAAGGAUGUUGAGAACGAAGCUCAUAGAAUUUAUAAAGCAGGUGGUAGCAAGUUUCAGGAUUCGAUUGUCUUCAAUGAAGUUAUGUGUAAACAUCCAAAGUGGGAGUUGAUACCGCUUCAGGAUAAAACUCGUUUUCGUCCUGAAGAUGAAGAGGGUAAUGACGAAGAAAGUGGUGGAAGCAGCAAAAGAUCAAGGGCUUCCGAAGAUGCAGAGUAUCCUAGGCCUUCCUUUCAAGAAACUCCAAGUACCGGAUGUUCCACUCCUUCCCAUCCUAUUGGUAGAGAUAAGGCGAAAAAAAAAAGGAAAAGGUAA